UUAGCAGCCGUCGUGGAAGCAGGAUUUCCGCGGUUGUGCAGCGGCAUCGCGCUUCCGCGGAGAGGCCUGGGCUCCGCGUUCCUUCCCGGCCCGGGCCCUCGUCUCCGGCAGCCCAGCCAUGGCCUGGACGGCGGCGGCAGCGGCGGGGAGCCGCGGGGCCCGCGGCGCGCUCUCGGCGCACACGCUCCUGUUCGACAUGCCGCCCGCGCUGCUGGGCGAGCUCUGCGCUGUCCUGGACAGCUGCGACGGCGCGCUCGGCUGGCGCGGCCUCGCGGAGCGACUUUCAAGCAGCUGGCUGGAUGUUCGUCACAUUGAAAAAUACGUAGACCAGGGUAAAAGUGGAACAAGAGAAUUACUUUGGUCCUGGGCACAGAAAAACAAGACUAUCGGUGACCUUUUACAGAUUCUCCAGGAGAUGGGGCAUCAUCGAGCUAUCCAUUUAAUUGCAACUUAUGGAGCAGCCUUGAAUCCUUCAGAGCCGAGUCAUCAGGGAAAAGGAUUUCCGAUCAUGUUAUCCAAGGAAACAGCUAGUGUCACAGUGGAUAAUGUUCUUAUUCCUGAACAUGAUGAAAAAGGAAUAUUGUUUAAAUCCUCCAUCAGCUUUCACAACAUCAUAGAAGGAACCAAAAAUUUCCACAAAGACUUUUUAAUCGGAGAAGGGGAAAUUUUUGAGGUAUACAGAGUGGAAAUCCAAAACCGAACAUAUGCCAUUAAAUUAUUUAAACAGGGGAAAAAAAUGCAGUGUAAGAAACAAUGGAAGAGGUUUUUAUCUGAGCUUGAAGUUUUACUGCUGUUCCAACAUCCAAACAUAUUGGAGUUGGCUGCAUAUUUUACAGAGAGUGAGAAGUUUUGCCUGGUUUAUCCGUAUAUGAGAAAUGGAUCACUUUUUGACAGAUUACAGUGUGUGGGUGACACAGCCCCACUCUCUUGGCACAUUCGAAUCAGUAUAUUAAUAGGAACAACCAAAGCCGUUCAGUACUUGCACAACACAGAACCGUGCUCCGUCAUCUGUGGCAGUAUAUCAAGUGCAAACAUACUUCUGGAUGAUCAGUUUCAACCCAAACUAACUGAUUUUGCCCUGGCACACAUCCGACCCCACCUGGAACCUCAGAGCUCUGUCAUAAGCAUGACCAGCAACAGCAGUAAGCAUUUGUGGUACAUGCCAGAAGAGUACAUCAGACAGGGCAAACUUUCUGUUAAAACAGACGUCUACAGCUUUGGAAUUGUAAUAAUGGAAGUUCUGACAGGUUGUAAAGUGGUGUUAGAUGAGCCAAAGCAUAUCCAGCUGAGGGAUCUCCUUAUAGAAUUGCUGGAGAAGAGAGGCCUUGAUUCGUGUAUCUCAUUUCUAGAUAAGAAAGUACAUCCCUGUCCUCGGAAUUUUUCUGCCAAGCUGUUCUCUUUGGCAGGCCAGUGUGCUGCAACGCGGGCAAAAUUAAGACCCUCGAUGGAUGAAGUCCUAACUGUUCUUGAAAGUACUCAAGCCAGCUUGUAUUUUGCGGAAGAUCCUCCCACAUCCUUGAAGUCCUUCAGGAGUCCUUCUCCUCUGUUCUUCGAUAAUGUACCAAGUAUUCCAGUGGAAGAUGAUGAAAACCAGAAUAAUCCAUCGCUGCCUCAUGAUAAAGGUUGGAGAAAAGGGAGAACGACUCAGAAAACUCCCUUUGAAUGCAGCCAGUCUGAGGUUACAUUCCUGGGCUUUGACAGAAAGACAGGGAGUGGGAGGAACGAGGACAUUUGCAAUGUGCCCAGUUCUCCUUGUGAAGAAAGUUGGUCUCCAAAGCAUGCAGCUCCAUCCCAGGACUUGAGGGCCUCUGGUGUGAAUAUGGACCCUUCUGCAGAAGUUCCAGGGCAUUCCUACAGGAGCAUGCCAGUGGAGACUAGCUGUUCCUCUGAAUUUUCCUGGAAUGAAUGUGAACAGUACAAAAAGGCAUCAAUUUCACCAGAAGAUAAAGAAGAAAGCAAGUAUUGCUGAGGCACCUGAGUACAGGUGUCAUCUUGGGAAGACAUUGUCUUUAUCGGUAGUGCCAAGAGGAUGAUUGAUGGUGAAUUUGGGUAAUGCAGAUCAAUGAUCUGAACAAUUCCAUUCCAUUCCUUCCAACUUGUAGAACAGAGUGGCUUAAAAUUUUAUUAUAGCACGAUCAUUGCCUCAUGAUCAAACCUGGACUAAAUGAGAACCAUUUAGAAUUACUUAAGAUCGUAGACUCUGACUUCAGACAAACAAAACAAUCAAAACCUACCAAAAAGGAAGUGGAUUUCAGUGUCUUCUCCGUCAACAUCCACGUGAGUCCUCAGAGCCUCCAGUCUGCCAAGAACAUUCAGUUCAGUUGGAUUCCAUUGUUUUGGUUUAGCUUGCUUUCAAAGGUCAUCAGAAAUGUCUAAUUUGUAAAUGUUAAUGAUACCAUACCUUUUUAAAGAAUUGCCUUUUUGCUUAUUUCAAUCGAUUCUUAGUAUAUUUCUGUUCAUCCCUGUCAAGUCUGCCUAUCUGAACAUGAGCCAUGACAUGCCCAAGAUCUGUAUUUCUGUAUUUAAACUCUUAAGAUAGUUUAUCUCAUAUAAUAUUGACUAUUAUUACAAUUUUUUUUACAUAGAGACUAUUAUAUCCUGAGUAGAAUGUAUGAAAUUUUAGUCAAGCAAUUUUUGUUCCAAGAAAAUGGCUGGUCAUAAAGGCCUAGGUCAGUUUUUUGUUUGAUUCCAACUCUGUGCCUUUACUCCUGGUGUUUACUGGAUCUCCCCCUUUUGAAAUCCUACCCAAUCUUUCAGGGCCCACCAUAACUGCCAUCCUCCAGGAAGCUUUCCUAAUCUUUCCAGCCAAUAGUACUCACUUUAUCAACAUUUCCAUAGCAAUUUCUUUUUUUUUUUUCCAUUUUUAAAGAUUUUUAAUUGAAGUACAGUUGAUUUACAGUGUUGUGUUAGUUUCUGGUGUACAGCAAAAUGAUUCAGUUAUACACAUAUAUACAUAUUCAUUUUCAUAUUCUUUUCCAUUAUGGUUUAUUACAGAAAAUUGAAUAUAGUUCCCUGUGCUAUUCAGUAGGACCUUGUUGUUUAUUUUAUAUAUAGUAGUUCGUAUCAGCUAAUCCCAAACUCCUAAUUGACCCCCCCUUUCCCCUUUGAUAACAAUAAGUUUGUUUUCUGUGUCUGUUAAUCUGUUUAUGUUUUGUAAAUAAGUUCAUUUGUAUCAUCUGUAGCAAUUUCUUUGUAUUUCUGUUUUAUAUUUGUCACUUUCUGAAUUAUAUCCAAGUUGCCUGUGCUAUCACAUCUCUCUUCCUAGAUGGUAAACUCCUGUAUUAGUUUCCUACUGUUGCUAUAACAAAGUAUCACAAACUUAGUGGCUUAAAACAACAUAAAUUAAUUAUUUUACAGUUCUAGAGGUCAGAAGUCCUUGGCAUUCCUUCUGAAGGCUCUAGGGGAGAAUUCGUUCCCUUGCCUUUUCUAGCUUCUAGACGCUGUAUGCAUUCUUUGGUUCAUGGCUUCUUCCUCUAUCCUCAAAGCCAGCAACAUGACAUCUUUAAAUCUAGAUCUCUCUCUUCCUCUCUCUCUCAACUCUUUUUCAUCACCACUUCCUCUUUCUUUGGCCCUCCAAAAGAUCCUUGUGAUUGCAUGGGGCCCACUCAGAUAAUCCAGGAAAAUCUCUGCAUCUUAAGAUCCUUAAUUUCAUCACACCUGCAAUAUCCCUUUUCUCCUCUAAAGUCAUAUAUUCACAGGUUUGUGGAAUUAGGACAUGGACAUCUUUGGGGCCAUUACUCUGUCUAUCAAAUUCCCUGACUGUGUAGGGUCCAUCUCUUCAGGGCCUAGCAUGUUAUCCUAUACAGAGCAGGUGUUUCCUUAUAAGUUAAAUUGAGUUACAUUAUCUCUGUGAACCCACAUAAUCAAAAAUUCAGCUAUAAUAAACAUUCCGGAGUAAAUGAACAAAGUGGGGAUAAUGACUGUCUUUAUGAUGAUGGACAGAAACACUCCACGAAAACCAUUUCCAGAGGAUUUGCAGAAUCUCCCUCUCCAGGAUGUUUAUAAUAAAAGGGCAGACCUCUAGUUUUCUCUGCAUCAAAGGAAUAGGCCUAUGCUUGUUUUUUGUAGGUUUUUUUUUUUUUGAUAAGUCAGUACGGUUGAGUUAAUCAUAGUCAGAUUGGAGCCCAGAUUCAAGAACAAUUAAUCAAAGAAGAAAGUCAUCAGAAAUCAGGGUCAGGUUAACAGACCAAGGUCAGAAACAUGGAGCUACAAUUCUGGGGAAAAGGAUCUCAUAGCAGGAAGUGAGGUUCAAAACACAGUAAGCCUUAGCCUGAUUGACAAGCCAGAUAAAAGCCCCAGGCAAGCAGUUGGGAGAGGCCAUCCCUGAGGGCUGGUCUGGGGUGACCUGGCUGCCCAGUGCUGUCUUCCCCAUCUGAGCAUGAAGUAUGUGUUCACAGUGCUCCCAAACUGCCCAUGUGCUAAGACUGUCAGGGGAGAGGGUUGCACUAGACUCAUGUGAUUUUACCUCUUGUGACCUGUCCAGUUUGAAAACUCUUGAUGAUACACGUUAAUCAAAGAAUCAGUAAAAGUCUUCAACAUUUGGCCUUAUAUAUCGCCAACCAUUCUGAGGCCGAUUUAGCUUGUCUUAUGUAGUCUGAAAGUAUUUUGGCUGAAUCGGGCAAAUAAGCCUGGAAUUGUGUGAAGUUGCCACUAAUAAUUCAAACAAGGUAAUCAAGGUAAUCAAGAACUGACUCUGUGUUAAACUGCUCUUCACUUUGAAUCUGAAUCCCUCAGUACCUUCAAAGAGAGAUCAUUAAGGAAGCUCUGAUUGACACCAGGCCCACACCAUUAUUCAUCACAUGUGUAAUCUGUUGGUAUGAUGUUGAUUUGAACUUGCUUAGUUGACUUAAAGCAGUUUCUCAAACUUUAACGUGCAGCAAAAUGACAUGGAAGGCUUGUUAAAAACACAGAUUGCUAGCUCCCAACCUAUUACAUGGGAUUUUGCUUAGCACUGAGUAGAAGCUCUAGAAAUACUAUUAGUCAAUGAUCUUUUUAACUAGAUCACCUUGCUAGGGUGUGACUAUUUUGGACAUCUUAAAGACCAAGUCAGAUUAGCUGGCAAUAACCUAAUUAAUGAUAUGGUAAGCAGAUACUGCUGUGGCUAGAAAUUACCAGAAUUUUCUAUUGAGUGAUCCAGUCCUUACUAGAUUUGCCUUCUAGUGGGUAUGUUAAUAAAUGUUAACUGAUAGGAAUUAAAUCUUGCAUCCUGCUACAGGCAAUAAGAGGAUACCUUUGUGGCUUCAUGAUGUAAAGACUAAGACACAUGAAGAAACCAAUAAUGAGUCCCCAAGUGUUUCCUCUGAUCAGCAAACGUGAAUUAGUAAAGAAUUUCACUCAUCUUCAUCCUUAUAACGCACCAUGGGCAAUCCUCCAGGCAGAUCCUAUUUACUUGAUAGGUUUUUGUGCCAUUUUACAAUCCCCAAAACAUGAAGAAGGUAUUUUGUUGUUUUUGAAAUUAGGUAUGAGAUUUCUGACAUAAUCAAUUUUAUUGGCUUCAGGAGAAUUGUUAUAAUGAUCUGUGACCCACUGCAUAAUUGUGAAGUUUCAUAAGGUCGUACAUCAGCUUGUGUAAAACAGCUUUUAUGACCUGAGGUAUGAUGAGUCUAGGAAGUGAGGGUUACGUGAGUAGCAUUUAUGAAGAAUCAAGGCACUGUGUUAGCUGCUAGGGUACCAAGUAAGGAGCAAACAUUUUAGAAAGGACGAAAAGGCAUCUACCCAAGUUAACUGUUCAGUGAUGUCUGUUAUUUGAACCAUAAACUAUUGGAACCGAAAGUAAGGGCUGAAAGGGUGAGGAGGCUUGCCCUUUACUGUGCACUUUCGAGAGGACAAAGAAGGUGUCUUGGAGAAGCUUCCUGGAAAGAGAGAAGGGGUUAAGAGAAAUAGAAAAGAACACCCAAGAAGCACUCCAGGAUGGAUACCCAGGGAGCCAGGGGUCCACAGCUUUACCUCUGCACAGCCCCAUCUCGGGGGCUGGAAGGAUGGGGUGAGGGCAAAGGGAACUGGGUCCAGAGCUGUGGAUGUUUUUUCCCGUUUAACCUUUACAGCCACCCUGAAGGUAUGAAUCCCAUUUUAUAGACGAGGAAACUGACUCAGGGUGGGUAUGUAACUUGCCUAAGGUCGUCCCAGAUCUGGAGAAGCCAGGAUUUGAACCCACAUCUGUCUGACUUCAAAGCCCAUGGUCUUUCCUGUACUCAACACAAAGAAGCCACUGCAGAUUCAGGCCCCUAUGCAAAGGUUAUUUGUUGAUUCUAAAACUUUUCAGUAGGCACAGAAGCCUCACCAUGUUUCCUGCCUUUUUCAUUAUUCUGUUCCUCUGCUUCAGGCACCCACCUCUGCAGUCAUUUGAUAUGAGUUCAAUGAAUUCAUCCAUUCAUUCAUUGAAUAAAUAUUUAUCAAUGGCCUCCUUUGUGUCAGACACUGUUCUAAGAGCUGGGGAUACAGUGAAGAUCAAACCCAACAAAAAUCCCUGCCCUCAUGGAACUUACAUUUGAGUGAAAAAUGAGUGAGUGGAUGAACAGGAAAUGCUGUGGGAGAGUUGUAAUCUCAGUUCUAACACUAACCAGCAGAUCUCCAUGGGACCAGCCAAACUGAGUCGUCUCAAGAGUAUUCUCCAGACAUAGACCCUGGCUUCUCUGCCAGCUCUUUUGUCAGGGUUCAGAGAGGUUUUCUCCUUGUCCUGUGGUAUAGCUCAUGUCUCCAUGCUAGCCUGUUGCUUCGCUGUUAGUGUCUAUGGCAUACUUCGUGGCAAUCAUGACAGCACCUGUUCUUCCACUGACCUAUGACUUCUUCAGGGCAUUCAUUGGGCUACUGAUGCCAUCUUCAGCAGGCUUCUGCUAAGAAAUUAGAAGCAUCUACACAUGCCUCACUGCACCAUCACCCCAAGCUGGAACUGCCUGUUGACUUCUCUCUCCUCCAUAAAACUGAAACUUCCCUGAGGGCAGAGGCUAUAUCUUGCUCCUUUUGGUGUCCCUAACAGCUAGCUCAGUACCUGACACAUACCAUGGCCCAACGAAUAUUUGUAAAAUGAAUGAAUUGAAUAAUCCUUCAAAACCUCUUCAGAAUCAUCGGUAUCUAGUGUCUCAACACGGUCAUCUAGAUUGCACCCAAAGUCAGUCUUUCUAAUAUCCAGACUGUCAUCAGUCAUUUGCUUAAAUGGUUCCAUUUCACCAUUCUUGGAUGAAAGUUAUUAAUUUCAAAUAUUAAUAUCUGUGAUAUCUUUGAAAAGAGGAAUUAGAAAUCGUAUAUGUUGCUUAUAAAUUUGCUUCAUGGUGAAAAACAUUCCCAAACCAUGUCUACGCAAUGACAAGCCAACAUUUUGACAGGGAAUAAACGGAUGUUUGUUGUAUUUUGCUUCCAUCUUUCUGUCCCAAAUUAUUUAUGUGUAUUUGAUGGUCCAUUAGAUUUUAUUGCAGGUAUUUCCUUGGGAGGCAUUUUUAUUCCAAAGAUGUCUACCAAACCUGCAUUACCCACCAAACUUUCACUUAAGAGCCUUCUUAUUGAUGUCAUCUGCCUAAUUGCAAAUUUUUAUGGUCAUCUCUAUAAAUAGCAAGAGAGUAUUUCCAGUGUUUUUCAGUGGCUCCUUAGUUUUAAAAUUUUCUUAUAGACGAACGUUAAUUGGGAUAGAGGGUAAGAAGGUAGGAAGAGUGUACUUGCAGGAGAUUCAGACUCAGUUAAUAUUGGUGUGUUUAGUACUAUGCUAGCUGCAUUCACACAUCAUCUAAGCUAUUGAGCUGGGUUCUGUUACUAUAAGAUCAAGGAAAAUGAGGUUCAAAGAAUUUGACUCUCAUUCUGAGUCACACUGAUGGGGAUACAAACUGAAAAUUCUUUAUUUAAGCCCAGGAAAUAUCUGCUCUGAAAAGGAGUAAAUUAAAAAAUUAAAAGUAUCCCCUAUUUGAAAAUGAAAACAGCUAAUAAAUAUGUUUUUAUUAUUUUUAAUUAUUAUUAAUUUUGUCCUCACAGAUGGGCAAAGAUUAAAACAAUUGACAGGAAUAUGGGCAAAUGGGCAUUCUUAUUCACUGUUGGCAGGAGUGGAGAUUAGUACAGCCUUUCUAGAAGGUAGUAUGUCAAAAUUUUAAAUGGUGAUACACUUUUACCCAGCAAUUUGUUUAGGAAUUUAUCCUAAUGAAUAAAAAUUUCACAAGUGUGUAAACAUGAGGGCAAAGAUGUACUUUUUAAUGUUUGGAUAUUAAAAUAUUGGAAACAGCCUAAAUAUUCUUCAAUAGAAGAUGGGUUAAAUAAAUUACAGCACAAAUAUACAAUUGAGUUGUAUGCAACUAAUUAAAAAUUGUUUAGAUCUGUGUUUAGUGCUAUAAAAAAUUUGUCCCUGAACUAUUAUUGAAUGAGAAAGCAGACUACCGAAUAGUAUGUUUAAUAUGGGCCCAUUUAUAACAUUAGAUAUUUUAAAAUAAUAUGUGUUUCAUAGAGAAAUCUUUGCUAAAAAGUUAAUGAUGGUUUCUUUCUGGGCUGUGACGUUUGGGUGAUCUUUACUUUCUUUAGACUUUUAUGUAUUUGAAGUUUUUAUAAUGAGCAUGUAUCACUUUUAUUAUCAGAAAACA